CUAUUGUGAAAUGACACUAUACAUCGUGGUGGAAGUCGGUGAAGAGGCGAGAAAUUCGGUUGUGUGCGACUUCUCGGAGCGCUUUCACGCGAGAGCAAGUGAACGCGAAGGGAGGGCGAAACAAAGGGGGGUGAAACGCGCUUUCGGACGAGAAUGGAAUUAUCGCGCGGCGACAAUGAACCGCGUUACGAAUCGCGGCUGUGAACGAACGUGCGCCACUUCACCAGGGUUGUUAACCAUAGCAGCAGCAGCAACACCGGGAACGGCGAGAUCGGCCGGCACUUUUCCGAGGCGCCUCGUUCUCUGACGAUCGUCCCUGGAUAAUAAACGAUCGUCGUCUCUCCGCGGAAGAGAGAGAGCAGGGUGCUCCCUUGUUCUCGGCUCGAAACGGAGGACCGCGAGCAUCUUCGUUCGCGCCGACAGAGAUGAGUCAGACGAGCGGGCGGACGAAUCGCGCAACUGUCAUUCGUACGAGCGGCCCCGUCAGCUGAUCGUUAUUAAACAACGAGAUGUGAGGUAGCGAGAGAGCGAGCUAAUUCUUCUCUAGUCGAACACGUACGCAUCACCGAUUUCGAUUAUCAUUAUUGUUAUUAUUCGCGGCCUGAUUCCUCCCGUAUGCAUUAUUAACAAGUGACUUGAGAGUGCGAGACCUCGCGAAGAAGAAGGGCCGAGUUGUCGAGUUGAAAUCUUACAUGGCAACAUGGGGAACAAGAAUAGCUGCUGCGUGUACUCGAGUCCACAGGUCGGACGCAAGGAGAUUGGGCCCGAGUGUGCCACGCGCAAUUUGGAGGAACACUUGCCGGAGGGCGGGAUCAGCGUUAAUAAUUUGCAACAUAUCAGUGAACGCGAGCCGGAAGACUGGGACUCCGAUCCGUCGUUGCAUCCGUGCGCGGGAACUAUUUUCAUGGAACGCUCGAAACAGGCGAUAGAGAAUGGUAUGGUGAGAAAGAAGAGCCAACAUCAGAUAGCGGAUACAAGGCCUUUGAAGAAGAGCAGUAGUUGCAGUACAAUAUAUCUAGACGACAGCACGGUUUCACAACCUAAUUUGAAAAAUACCGUCAAAUGCGUUGCCUUAGCUGUUUAUUACCAUAUUAAGAAUAGAACGUCACAUCGACAAAUUGAUAUAUUUGAUGAAAAGCUACACCCAUUGACGAGGGAUGGUGUUUCGGAAGAUUAUGAUAAACACAAUCCAGAGCAUAAACAAAUAUAUAAAUUUAUAAGGACUUUGUUUAAUGCCGCUCAGCUCACAGCUGAAUGUGCCAUCAUAACACUGGUUUAUCUUGAACGCCUACUUACUUAUGCAGAGAUUGAUAUAACACCAGCUAAUUGGAAACGAAUAGUGUUAGGUGCUAUUUUAUUAGCAUCUAAGGUUUGGGACGAUCAGGCAGUAUGGAAUGUAGAUUAUUGUCAAAUACUGAAAGAUAUCACAGUGGAAGAUAUGAAUGAAUUAGAGAGACAAUUUCUGGAGAUGCUGCAAUUCAACAUAAAUGUUCCUUCAAGUGUAUAUGCCAAAUAUUAUUUUGAUCUUCGUACACUUGCAGAAGCGAACGAAUUAACAUUCCCUAGUGAACCUCUUAGUAAGGAAAAGGCACAGAAACUAGAAGCCAUGUCCAGAGUUUACGAAGACAAAGUUACAGCUGAGGCUCUACGUACUGGUAUUAAAAAAUGGUCCAGCUUAGACAAUGUAUGCAUAGGUGGACCUAGACGUAGCAUUGCUAUUUUAUCUUAAAUAUAAUAUACGGAUAUAUAUGCGGAUAUCUCUCAACACAACGUGCAUGAAUUAAUGUUCAGAUCCUAAAGGUAUGUGAAAUAUUUUGGCAAUUAUUAAAUUAUCGAUCAAUUUUAAUCAUUGAAAAAAAAUGUUUAGAUUACCCUACAUUUUUGUUACAUUUCUAUUUAAUUAUUGUGAAGAAUGUUUGAUGUAUUAUAUAUACAUCUUUACAAAUUAUUUUAUACUGUUCGAGUUAAAUGUCUAAAUAUCGCAUGUACCAUAUGUAUCACUAAGUUGUAUCAUAAUGGAAAAUUUUUCAUUGCAAAUUUCGUUUGCAAUCACAAUCUUAAAUUUAAUUGCAGUAUCUUCUAGUUAUAAGACCGUUUAGGAUCGAGGCGCAGAUCUUUUAUACCUUCCAGGAAAUUGUUUUAUGAGUCUUGCCAUUAGCUCGUGAACCGGAAAUGUGAACGAGAUAGAACGACAUAUGAUCGAUGUUGGCUAUUUUAGCUUCCGACAUCAGAUAUGAUUCAUUCUCUCGAGAAACGAGAAGAGUAAUCGCAAUCUCAUAUAACAAAAAAUGGUCUUAUAAUCGGAAGAUACUCUCUGUAUAUAUGUACUCUAAAAUUUAGAUAUCUCUCAAUUUGUUAUAACUUCCAAUGCAUUAUCUACGCAUUAGAAAAUUCGAGAGACAUUUCAAUAGAAAACAAAUUUCGAAUUUAUCGGCUUUUUUGUUUUUAAUUGAAACAAUUCUUAAUCGCUUCGAUUAAUCGCGUUAUUAACUGCUAAUUACGAAAAACUAGAAUUAUUAUAAUCUUGUUUGUCGUAUAUAUUGAUGAAUAUAUUUCCAUUGCUUAUGCAAAGAUUCUACUAUCUGGGACCUUGUAAUGUGGAUAUAAUAAAGCAUACGAGAAUGAAGCGCACUGACGAAGCAAAACGGUGAGAAAAGUAAAGUCGUUUUAUAUAGUCGUAGCAUUAUCUGUACUGUCCUUAUAUAGGAGAGAAAAUAACUUGUGAUAUAUAUUAGUCAACUAUUCAUUAUCCAAAGCAUUUUAUAUAUUGACUGAAGUUAAUAAGAAUCAAAUCUACGGCUGACUUACUAGUAACAUUCUAAAAAAGCGAAAAUACACAGCAUGCUACACGCUAAAAUCAUCGAUAUUUGUUCGGAGUACGCUAAUUAAAAUUUGCAAACCAAAGCAAAAUAAUGCACAUUAUCUUGGUAUGUUCAAAUUAUUUUUAAGUAUGUAUCUUUUUUAUCUUUCCGCCUAUCUCGCUGUUUUCUACAUCGAAAAAUUAUCGAAUGAAAUUAUCAUGGAAUUUAAAAAUUAUAUUUCUUUUUUAUAACCGUAAUAACAUUCUAACAUUCUUUCAUUUUUUUGCUACAGCUUUUUAAUGUAAAUACGCCGUUUAUCUGUUUUACUUUGAUUCAGAGAAUAAUUUUAGAAUUUUCUUUCUCUUCAUUCUCAAAUAUUUGUAUAACAAUAUUAUGUAACAGUUAGCUGAUAUAAAAGGAGUUUUCGAUACUUAAUUAAUUUGAAUUAUCAAAUUUUAUAUAUGGACAACUAUGUAUUUUGGAUAAUUUAGUACAUAUAUACAUAAGAAAGAACACCAUUUACACAUGUAAUAAUAAGCAUAUAAUAGUAUAAUACAUUAGUAAAUCAGCCUUUAUAAACUUAUUAGAAAUGAAAAGCACGUUAAUCUGAAUCAUUGCUUUUAUAUGGCGCUACUUCCAUUUACAAGAAUUUUCAAUUUUAGAUAAUAUGCGAGAUAAAUAUAAAUCAUGAUAUUAGUAUCUUUAUUUCCAUAAUAUUAUAUUCAGUCAAGUAAUAAUAUUAAAUUUGAUUCAUGUAAUCACACAAUUUACAUUCUAUCAAAAUUGUUGAAAAAGAAGUUAAUUUGAUUAAGUCCCUUUUCUUAUUUGUUCUUACUUCUUUUCUUAACAUAUAAUGCAUCUUUUUAAUAUUCUUUCUGUGAAUGAAUAUAUAUUCACACAAAGAUAUAUUGCAUAAUUAUUUUUAUUAAUAUAAUUUCAUAUGCAUAAUAAAAAGUCGCAAAGUGAUGAUUCCUAUGGCCAUAAAUUGCUAUAAAAGAUUAAAACCUGACAGCUAUGUGUAUUUGUUUCGUAAAGCACUCAAGUAAUAUCUUGUAAAGAUCUCGUCCAGGAACACACACGCUCACUGAAAAAAAGAAAAAAGAUGAAAAAGAUAUGGAUUUUUUAUAUCAUACAUCUUACACUAUAAUAUGACCAAGGUCAGAUUGAGAUACCAUUAAUGUAAUUGUGUAUCAUACGCCACUAAUUGACUUGUGUAUGAUAUAAUUUAAUAUUUUGUACCUAUACCGAUUAGAACUUUAAAUAUAAGAUAGUCUUAUAUUGUACCACGACUGGUUAUGUCUAUAAGAAUUAAACUAUAAUAUCUGAAGUUCCGUUGGAUUUUCAGAAUGCGGUUGGAGUAAAAGCAAUUACAAUUUAUUAUUAUUUUUAUAUUUUAUUACACGAAAGUGUCAGAGAGUAUUGUAAUGAUCGAACUUAAAAAUAGAGAGAGACUGUAGUAGAGCGACUGUAAGUCCAAUCGAUGUGCGCGAUCGAGAGGAAACGAAGUAGCAGCGUACAUUCUUAGCUUUUAAUAGCAUAUUGUAUAAUAUACCGGAUGAUAAAAGCGGUAGUGUAACAUAUCUGCAAUUUCUGUCCAGAGAUUACAAUUUUUUAUUUUUUGCUGUCAGAUUUAUAUAAAAAUAUAUUUUUACUGCACUAACAGACACAAAAUACAAGACAGCUACAUUCGUAUUAUUGUAUUAUGUAUGCUGCAAAGAAAUAUUGAAGCUUGUAAUCACCGAGCAAUUACUGUGCGAUGCCAAAAUGAUUGUUAAAAUUAUAUUGUAUAGACUGUUGCACAUACACACACACGAACACACACAUAAAUGUAUACUGCACCGUGGAAUUUUCCUUCGCUUUACGCUAAUUUCUUUACGAUAAAAUUAAAUCUUCAUAAAUUUUCAGGUGCAUGACUAUUUUUAUAAAUAGAGAUUCAUUAAUAAAGACAAUCUUCAAGUCUUAUUGCGUCCUGUAAAUAAAUUGCUGAAUUUCGCGUAAGGUUCAUAUAAAUCAUGUGUAUCAUAAAUCGAACCACUUUGUUAGUCGUUACUUAAAAGUAUAUAACAUAUGUAUUUACGCUUGAAGGCAAUAUUUCAAAGGAUCGCCUUUAAGUCUUCCAUCCUAGCGUCUGUAUAGAGUCCUACAAUUUUUAACUCUUUCUCUUCAUGUGUAAUAAAUAUUAACAUUUUAUUAUGACCGAUGCUUUUGUAACAUGAAUUUGUGAUAAAUAGCUAUACCGAUAUAUAUUAAUAUUGUUUUGUAUAUAUACCCGCAUAAAACGUGCUGUCUAUUUUCACUCUGUAAAUUACUUUAUUGUCCGAUCACACAAAGUGACAAGUAUUAUAAGACUAUUAAAAUUUAUACUCUGUCGCAUUUUUCGCUUUCAAUUGAAAAGCAAAAAUCUUCUUGUCGAAUACAAAAAUUAAUGCUUUUGCUUAAGUGUUUUCAAAUAAUUGUCGCAUGCAAAGUGUACGUUUUUCUCUCUUGGAUAUGUAAGAUCUAUAUUAUUUACGUCUUUAAUAUAUAUAUAUAUUUUUUUAAUAUCUAUCUUUUUAUCCGAAAAAUAACACGAAAGCGUAAAAAAGUGAUAAAUGUGCGCAUACAUAUAUGGCAGUAAGAUGCAUAAAUCGUGAGCUUUUUGCAAAGAAAUUAUUAUUAAUAACAAUUAUACACACAGAAAUACAAUUAUAAGUUAUUCGGUUAUGUAUACAAUAGUUGUAUGUUGAAAUUCGAUAAUUGUAUACACAAACGGAGCCAUUUUCGUCUCUCUCUCUUUCUCUCUCUAAACCGCCAAAUUUCACGAAAAAAAAUCACUCAAUUUCCUAGAAAAAUAAAAUUGUGCCUGAAGUCAUUUACUUAAUUAACAUGUACAUUUGCAUUUGUAUUGUAUGCCAAAAUUUUUAACAUGUGUAUGUAUGAAACGAAUAUACACGAAAUUUUAAUAAA